UGGUACACCCGGAAGUGAGUCGUGGCUCGUGGCAGGUCAAAACUUCCUCCAGUUUUUAUAUUGAUUCACAAUUUGGUCCUUUUCAGUCGUCUUCAUGUGUGGGUGUUUCGUACUGUGAGAGGGACGGGUUCCCGUGUGUCCAACAUGACCAUGAUGACGUUAUGAAGCCUACAUCUGUGACAAGUUGGGACCAUGAGUAACAUGGGUCCCCUCCUGUCUGUACCACUCUGCUAUGGAGCCCUGGUGCUGUUCACUGCCAUCCUACACAACGUGUUCCUCAUCUACUAUGUGGAUGUGUUUGUGUCAGUCUACAAGAUCGACAAGAUGUCCUUCUGGAUCGGGGAGACCAUUUUCCUGAUCUGGAACUCCCUGAAUGACCCAUUGUUUGGCUGGAUGAGUGACAAAGGCUUUCUGCAGGCAGAUAGCUCAUCCGACCAUGGCUCUUCACCCCAGAUUGUCCUGAGGCGUUUCCGCGCCCUCUUCAUAAACGGACCGCUCUUCGCUCUCUCGUUCCUCACGUUCUGGGUGGCGUGGGCCGUCCCGGCCGUCCAGUUCGUCGUGUGCCUCUGCCUGUACGACACAUUCCUGACCAUGGUCGACCUUCACCACAAUGCCUUACUGGCCGACCUGGCCGUCUCGGACAAGGAGCGCACCAGACUCAACUCCUACUGUUCGAUAUUCAGUGCCUUUGGUUCGCUCUCGGUCUUUCUCUCCUAUGCAAUAUGGGACAAGGAGAACCUGGGAAACUUCCGCGUCUUCUGUGCAAUAUUAGUGUGUAUUUCUAUCAGCGGAUUUUUUCUAUGUACAGUUUGGAUGAAGGGACAGUUCAUACACAGGCACCAGCAGAAAGAGCCGGACCCAUUGCAAAGCAUCCUUGUGUCCAGUUCCUCGGGCAGUCCUGGUGUCCAGCUGAGUGUGAGAGGCUACUUCAGACAGCUCAUGGCUCACAGGAACUUCCUGUGGUUCACGGCCAUGAACCUGGUGCAGGUUUUCCACUGCCACUUCAAUAGCAACUUCUUCCCGCUGUUCCUGGAGAAUCUGCUAGAGGGCAUCCCACCUUCAGUGUGCUCAGUGCUGCUGGGUAUUUCAUUUAUUUUCCCCCACAUCAACAACCUGUACUUCCUGACGCUGUGUCGGAGGUACGGUACGUACGCCGUGAUCCGCGGGCUGUUCCUGGUCAAGCUGGUCCUGAGUACGGCCAUGAUGAUGGUGGGACCGGACUACACAUGGGCACUCUGCUUCUUUAUAGCCAGUAACAGAGUGUUCACUGAAGGCACAUGCCGACUACUGAACCUGGUAGUGAGUGAUCUUGUGGACGAGGACUACGUACUGAACAACAGGAAACAGCCCAUCUCUGCGCUGGUGUUCGGCAUGGCGGCCUUCCUGUCCAAACCUGGUCAGACGUUAGCACCUCUCAUGGGCACAUGGAUACUCUCCGUGCAAACAGGCCAUGAUAUUUUCCAGACAGGGAACAAGUUUGGUUCCAUCCAUGCCAAUACCAGUCAGAUGGACACAGGCACCUUCACCUCUCACCGACUAGGCUGCUUCCACCUGCUGGUGUAUGUCCCUAUCGCGUGUGCGCUGCUACAGCUCCUAGCCUGGUCUCAGUUCAGCCUAUGCGGCAGCAGGCUAAGAUGGAUCAAGUCCCAGCGGGAGGGGGGCAGCACCUACAAGUUUGUAUAGCGGGAGGGGGGCAGCACCUACAAGUUUGUGUAGCGGGAGGGGGGCAGCACCUACAAGUUUGUGUAGCGGGAGGAGGGCAGCACCUACAAGUUUGUGUAGCGGGAGGAGGACAGCACCUACAAGUUUGUGUAAUGGUAGGUGCGCUGCACCCACAAGCACCCACAGUGGGAGGGGGCAGCAUCUUCAAGUUUGUGUGUAGUGGGAGGGGGGGGGAGCACCCAGAAUUUGAAGAGCCUGCUCUUCUUUGGUUGGAUCUACUUGCAAGUUUACAAAAGUAACGGGUUCCGCACUGGUGUUCCAGUGCCAAAUCAAUGGGUCGAAUCGGCCUCAGCACUGGUUUUCUAGUGCUGAAGAAACGUCAGGCUCAGCGCUGGACUUCCAGUGCUGACGACCACUUCAGCACUGGUGUUCCAGUGCUGACAGAGGAGACCGUUACUUUUGUAUAUUUGCGAUCUACUUAUAUUUUGGGCCUUUAAAAGGCCUCUAUUUACUACAUGCCUCCAUUUUUCCUGUCAUCUCAUCCAUAGUGGAUGGUCAAAAUGAAAGUUAAGCCAUAAUAUGGACAUCCAUCUAGGAAAGCAAAAAUAAGAAUGGAAUGGGCUAAGAAAUGUGCCAACUGUAAAUGAUCAUAACAUCAGCUCUCCUAAUUCUGCCGGGUACCCUAAGACUGCUAACGUAGUUCAAUUUUAUCUACAGGGUAACCUAUAUCCAUUGUUUUUGAAAAGAAUGUAUUUAGGAAUAUCAAGUUGAUGGACGGUGGUUUCAAGCUGCAACAUUUUCAAAAUAUUACUGUUUGAAACCACCAGCUGUCAACUUGAUCUCCCCAAAUGCUUCUUUUCAAAAGCAAUGGAUAUAGGUUACCCCGCAGAUAAAGGUGAACUGGUGUUAUAUUUGAAGAGAUUUACUUAAAUGCAGUAUUAUUAAACCUCAAGAUACGGACAGACUAAAGAUAUCCAGGUGUUCAAGGUUGUCUGAGAAGACCUCGAGGAUGACACAGUGUUUUUAAAACGGAAUUCAACUCUAGAGGCGAGAGUUCUGAUUCUGCAGAUAAUAUCAUUCUGCAGAUCCCCUGAAAAAUAAUUAUAUUGCCAACUUUUUUGCUAGGCAGCAGUUUUACUCUCAGGAGCAAUAUUCUGCUUUAAACCCCAAGUACCCUUCAGAUGAAUUACAGCCAUGUGUAAUAUACUGUCCUGAACAACUGUAACACUGGUACACCAAGGAGGUUAAAAAAGGAGGUUAACCUCCUUGGGUACACAAAUUUCUGAGAGUUGAUAUUGGCAGAGAGCCUUUGUGUAGGUACAAUUGUUGAUGGUUUUAAAAGAUGCUUCUUAGUUUAUUGCUGAUAUUUAUUUUCAGCUAUUUUAGAUGCUUUCUUUACAAAAUAUCCCAGAAAAGGUCAGAUUUUCCUGCCACAGUGUCUAAGAUAAUUAUGGCUCAGAGGUAAGACUGUCUGUAUAGUUACUUUUAUUGAGCUGUUUACAUGAACCCGUAUGGUAAAAAAACUUCUCUUUGGAAGUAAACCAUGUAUAAAAGAUUUUAAUGAUGUUUUUCUUAAAAUAUGGCAAAGAGUGAAUGAUGAUGUAUUUAUCACAGACAUUCCCAUGAUAAUUGAUUUCCUGUAAUGAGAUUAUGUUGUAAUAUUCUCAAACUUAGCUAUUUUUCUUAUAGAGUAUUAAGGCAAACGUGGAAGAAGAAAAAUCUUACUUGAUAUUGUGUCUCACAUAAGCAGGAUAUUUCAUACAUAAAUGAAUAGAUAUUUCAUUAUGUUGUAGGUUUUUAUCAUAUCUUGCAUUACUUAUGUUAAGACCGAUUAUGAAAAGAAUGUCAAGUUUGAAAAUGUAAUAACCUCAAGGUAUCAUUUUAAGAUCAACAAACCAUGGAGGUUUUAAUAUUGUUUUGAAAUUUUAUAGCAACAAAUGUAUGACCUGUCACUAACAUGACCUGUCAAUUACUAUACAAUCAGACAAUUUAAGUGUAAUACAGCCAUAAUUGAGAUACAUAUGUCCAGAAAGUACAAUGUAUAUUGUUAACUUUGAUUAAAAUGCAUCUUUUUAUCAA